AUGGUUGAACUCGCACUGCGUCUGCGAGCACUAUCGCCCAAGUCGCGGACGCCGGUGCUCGCGCUGCUGGUGUCGCUCCUCGUCCUGCGAUCGCGUGUGGUGGACGUACCGGCGUCAGUCCUCGCAAAGCUGACCGAGUCAGCGCGCAGAAAGAAGGUGACGCCGGAAGAUGUUGAAGAUGCGCUGCAAAGAGUGUACGUCGACGAACCCGACGGUAGCAAGACGCUGCUCGUCCCGUACGGCGAUAAAGUAAACAAGAUCAACAUCAAGCCGACGCCCCCCUCCGUACUCUCUUCAUCCGCCAAGUCCUUCCCCCUCCUCUCCUCGUCCCACCGCCCGACCCUCUCCCGCUCCUUCCUCCGCCAGCUCGCCGCCAUCCUGCGCAUCGCCUUCCCCUCCAUAACGUGCCGCGAGUCCUUCAUCCUCGUCCUCCACUCCUUCUUCCUCAUUCUACGCACGGUGCUGAGCGUCGGCGUCGCGAAGCUCGACGGGCGCAUCGUCAGGGACCUGGUGAGUGCGAACGGGAAGGGGUUCGCGAAGGGCCUCGGGCUGUGGUUCCUCCUCGCCAUCCCGAGCACGUACACCAACUCGAUGAUCCGUCACCUCCAGUCGAGCCUGUCGCUCCGCAUGCGCACCCGCCUGACGCGCUACACGCACGACCUCUACCUCUCCUCCUUCCCGUACCUCCGCUACUACCGCGUGGGCUUAGAAGGCGGCCUCGAAGGCGUAGACCAAUACAUCACGGCCGACAUUGCCGCCUUUUCCGACUCGCUCUCCACGCUCUACGGCAACCUCAUCAAGCCCACCACCGACCUCGUCCUGUUCACCCUGUCCCUCUCCCGCUCGCUCGGCCCGUCGGGCACCGUCCUCUUGUUCGUCAACUACUAUGUCACUGCGAGCAUCCUGCGCGCGGUGACGCCUGCGUUCGGGCGGCUCGCCGAGGUCGAGCGGCGGCUGGAGGGCGAGUUCCGCGCGGGCGUGGGCAGGGUGGGGAGGGAGGCCGAGGAGAUCGCGUUCUACGACGGCGGGAAGAGGGAGCACGAUAUCCUCUGGCGCGCGUACCUGCGGCUCAUCAAGCACGUGAACUCCAUCUUCAAGAUUCGCAUCGCAUACGAGUGGACGGAGGACUACGUGAUCAAGUACCUCUGGUCGGCGGCGGGGUACGGUCUGAUAUCGAUCCCCGUCCUCAUGAACCGCACCCGUUCGCUCGGUGUGCAGGCCGGCCCGCCCCAGGAGAGCGACUCGGACAGCCCGGACGACGCAGUGGCGAACCGCACUGAGAACUACAUCUCUUCGCGCCGCCUGCUGCUCUCGCUCGCGGACGCGGGCGGGCGGCUGAUGUACGCGUACAAGGACCUGCUCGAGCUCUCGGGGCUCACGACGCGCCUCUACACGCUCCUCUCAACGCUGCACGCGCUCCCCGCGCUUCCCUCCAUCUCCUCAUCCUCAGACGAGAUAACCCUCGAGCACGUCGACGUCGGGGUGCCACCGCUCAACUUCGCCAUCGCCGACCCCGACGCGGCUGAGAAUAUGUACGACUAUGACAUGACUCUGGGCGCGAGCAUCAACCCGCCGCUUGUGCGGGACCUGACGAUCACGCUGCGCACGGGCGAGCACCUGAUGAUCACGGGGAGCAACGGCGUGGGCAAGACAGCCAUCGCGCGUGUGCUGGCGGGGCUGUGGGCACCGCAGGCAGGCGUCGUGCGCCGGCCGGACGAGGUGCUCGUCGUGCCGCAGCGCGCGUACAUGGUCGCGGGGAGCCUGCUCGACCAGAUCAUCUACCCGCACUCGUACGCGCAGUUCGCGCGGUCGGGCAGGACGGAGGAGGAGCUGAUGGGGAUCCUCGAGGCCGUGCACCUCGCGUACCUGCCCGCGCGCGAGGGCGGGUGGAGGACGAGGAAGGAGUGGCGAGAUGUGCUCAGCGGCGGGGAGAAGCAGCGCAUGGGGAUGGCGCGGGUGUUCUACCACAGGCCGAAGUUCGCCGUGCUCGACGAGUGCACGAGCGCGGUGUCGAGCGACGUCGAGGGCCGGAUGUACGAGCAUGCCAAGAGCCUCGGAAUCACGUUGAUCACGAUCUCGCUGCGGCCGUCGUUAAUCCGAUAUCACACACAGCUAUUGACCCUGCCUGGGGACGGGACUGGUAGAGCGGUGCUUACGCGCGUAGGUACCGCCGAGGAGCGAAUGGGCAUUGACCGCGAGAUUAUCAACCUCGAGAGCAAGCUCGGGGAGGUGGAGAACUGGCAGAGGCGGCUGGAGGAGCUGAACGACCAGUUAGGCAUCCAGAAACAUUGAUCUCGGUGAGAUGCGUGAGACUGAUCUUUUGAAUGUGCCAUAUGUCCUCGUUGAAACGCAGGACGUGAUACACACGUCAUAAGACACUUGCUCGUUUACUAUGUUCCACUUGAGAGGCGCAGGUCCAAGCCUACAUAGUACCCACAGUCUAGCGUAUGUACUC